GAGUCUAUGAAAUGUUGGUGCAUAACGUGUUUGCAUUACACUUUGGACCGUACCGGUGGCUUUUGUUUUGUAAACAACUUCAUGUAACAAGACGAAUCUCGUGAUCUCGUGAUGGUGAGCACGAAAUACUCGAAACUCCAAGAAUUAGAAGACGACAGUGGUUUGACAUUAUCGGAUAGGUAUUACAGAAGAAACGGAAUCGUUGCGAAAAUGUUGAGAGGUGGAGCUGUAUUUUUACUCGUCGGCAUUUUGCUGGCCCUGUGCAGCAGUAUAUUCGUGGACGGUCUGGGCUACCCACUUCAUGCAUCAUGCAAAAUCGAUUGGAUGUUUGGAGUAAACUGUUCGACAGUUUCCAUGGAUCUUGUAAAUCAGAUCAAGAAGUGGUCAGGACCAAAUAACUGUGAUCAAGGGGGAGAGAAGUGCCUCUACUCGCUGGUCUCCGUAAACAGUACAAUUCUGCUAGCCAAACAUGAGACUCCAAAACAACAAUACGUAGAUGACCUAAGCUUCCAGUUCACACAAAAGGGAACAAAUUGCGCAGUGCAUGGAUAUUCAACCUCAGAAACAUGGUAUGCUGUCCUGGACAAAGGAACAAACUAUUGCAAUCUUCACAACUUAAUCACAGGAAGUGGACUGGAUGAAACAAAGGGCUAUACAGAAAAUACUAAUGACGGCCAGUGUACCCAAUUUUCUUCUGCAGAUUGUGAGGUUUAUUGAUAGAAUGGCUAUCGUUAUGAUGUGUUAAGCUUCCAGGAGAACAAUCUUAGAGAAUUAAAAUGCUCUCAAAUUUGAUAACAAAUAGAAUUAAAUGCUAGAUGCAAUCUUAUGUUGCAAAGUACUACUCAUUACACAGCGUGCAUUUAUAAACAAAGCCAUAUUGAUUCAUUGAUGAAUGUUUAAUCACACAUUUACUAUGCACAUGUAUAUUCAAGGUGUUUUGAGUACUGAGUACUAGUGUAAAAACAUAUUACUUUCAUCAAGCAAAUAUAUGUUACAGUUAAACUUGCAUAUUUAGCAAAGUUUUUCAUCGUAUAGUGAGGUAUAAAGUGAAAUACUGCGAUGUCCUUUCAUCUAUGAUUGGAGAACUGGACAUAGCAGGUUCUUUAUCUAGAAUUUUCUAUUCCAUCCUACAGUAGAUUCCAAGCGGACAAAUUCACCGUACGCCCUGAAUAAUGGAUGAAACUGCUGUCCAGUUCUUCAUAAAAAGGACAUCUUCGUCGUCCUUUAGUUUUUGAUGAACAUUUCACAUACCGAGUCAAAACAGCCUAAAAUAAGCAUCCUUUUGCAGUGCAUGAUGGUACACACUGCUCACUUUCAGUAGGGAAAAUUAUCUUUUCCAUGCAAUAAUUUCAGCCCUGAAGAUUUCAUUAUUAUCAUUCCUCUAAUUAUGUAAGAGAUAUAUAAAUUUAUUAGUAUUAUUAGAUUUUAUGUCUGAUAUGUACAGAAGUAUAUGUAUGCAUUGAUUGUAAAUCAAAACUCUUGCUUAAUUUCUGUAGUAGCGUAUAAUGAUUUUCAUUUUACUACUUUGUUUGCAUUAAGAAAGAAUACUUCAAGGCAAUUUCUUGCAAGCUUAUGGACACUCUAAAAGGAAAAACAAAGAUCUGUAGUCAUAUCAAAAAAUAUUCUGAAAAUUGAUCUGAAAACUUGAUAUAAAUUGCCUGGCUCUAUUUUUUCUGUAAUGUGUUUCUGUUGAUUUCCUUGUAGAAUUUGAAACAAGUAUUUUUCAUGAAAUUCAACAAUCUUUCACAUUAAAAAUGAUUAAAAUGAAAAUAAGUUGACUUUCUGUUCUGUCUUUCUGGAGACCCGACAUCGGACAUGCAAAGCAUGCAUUAUUUACAUCUUCCAAGACAAACAUAUAUUUCUGUGAUCCCAAGAUAAAUUUUAAUGAAAUCCAGAAACAAAUUUUUGCCCAAUUUUUUUUUUCAACUGAUCAUUUCCUAACCCUCCCCUCCAAAAAAAAAACCCUAUUAAACAUUUACAUGGAUUUUAGAUUGUUUAUGAGAGAUUGUACUUAAUUUCUGAUUCAAUUACAUUUACUUUCAGAAUUGUUGUAGUACAGGGUAUAUUAGAUGUAUUCUACCAAAGAUGAAAUUGCAGUAUAUGCAUGUACUUAAUGUAAUCCACUCAUGACAGUGAUUAUUAAAAAAAUAUUGGAUCAGACUUUUUUCAUCAAAUUGGCAACAUCAACAAUUUUUUCAUCAUUUUUUCUGUUUGAAUGUUAUACAGGUUGUAUCUGAAAUAUUGAAAAAAAUGAAAUAAUUAAUUUAGAAAUAAGAAGUUUUAAAUAUUGUCAUUGAAAAAUAGCCAUCUAUAUUACUUUGGUGAGUUCCAUGACAUUGCCGUAUUGAGGAUUGUAGUGAUUACUUUUCUUUUGAGCAUUCUUUCACAAAAUUUCUGUAGCCUUUCAUGAAUGGGAUGAUAUUAAUAGGAAAUGUAGGAUACAUCUGUAUGAGAACUACAAGUAUGUGUUUCAUUUUGUUGUGAAAGUAGUGUAGUUGAUUUUAUAAUAGAUUUCAACACAAAAUCUUUUUGUAUGGUUUGAUAUAAAAGGGAAAAUUCUGCUUGUACGAAGCUCUGCUGAUGGAGACCAUUCCAAGGCCAAUACAUUUAUUAACAUUUUGUAUUUUUCUUGUAAUGUGUCCAGACAGAAAUUAAUUCAUUUCAAUCAAGUUGGUACAUGAUACCAACAUUAUAAUUCUAUUAUGAUUACCAGAGGUAUAAUGAAUUUAUGGACUGAAAACUACUAUAAUUAUCAAUUUUUUAUGUGAUAAAAGACUCCCAAAUGUAAUAUGCAAUAUUACAAUAUAUAAUAUAUAGUGGAAUAUUACUGUGACUGGACUUUCUGAUUGAUGUUUCUUAUACACUUGGUAUAAAUAAAAUUGAUUCAUAAUCGGAA